AUGGAUUUGGAUUUGAGCGUCGAGAGCGUUGCGCGAACUAAAUUUGUCUCGAAUCUUGUUGAAACGUCAUGUUUAGUGCUAUGGAUUGCCGACUACCUCGAAACUUUGCCACUCGAAAUAUCCGUCAUGUGGACAUCAAGUGCAAACAAGUUCAGUCUAGUGAAAUCCUUAUUCUAUAGCCUACGAUACCUACCGUUCGCAUUCUUUGCGCUUGGCUUGGCCCUUGAAGAUGAACUCGUCGACGAAAGGGUACGCGAAUUUUCUACUGGCUAUGGACGAACACCUGUGGAAUUUGCAGCCUUCCUAGAGUUGCAGGCGACGAUUGAUUCUAUUCUCCCUCCUAACGGUCGCCAUUGUCGCUUUGGCCGAAGCCAACCUAUACCUGGACUUGAAGCCUAUUCCUGCGGAUUCAUUCGAAGUGUCCAAGGAAAUCUACUCUCAAUAGCAUGGGGCAUUGUUGCUGCUAACGAGAUCCUUAUGAUGUCCAUGACACUCCUGUUUGUGUUCAAGAAGCACAACAAUUAUCGAAAUCGGAUACUAGAGGUGUUCUAUCGAAAUGGAACAUUGUAUAUAAUGGCAAUUGUCGGGAACAUUCUGACGGCAGUGAUUGCUCCAAGAUUCGUCUACCUUUUGACCAGCUGGCAGGCAACCUUGCACGCCGUCUUCUCGACACGCAUGGUUCUCCAAAUCCGGGAAGCCGCUAAUGGUACUACUUCGGCAGUUGAUCAGGAAACUGCGCAGACACACAUAGGAGCCCUGGAGGAUGUCUUGGACGGGUUCUCUACCAGGUUCCCCAUCGUCCAUUUCAUUCGGUGGCACCCUCACCUUUACACGUCGCAUGCAAUGGACCUAGAAUCGAGCAUUCGGGCGGAUAUUGCGCGUACUGAACUAGUCGCGAAGCUUGUCGAAACAUCAUGUUUAAGCCUCUGGAUUGUCGACUACCUCGAAACUCUACCUUUGGAAAUAUCCAUUAUGUGGACUUCGGGCACUCGGAAGUUCAGUCUCGUCAAAUGCCUAUUCUAUACCCUUCGCUACGUUCCACUCGGUUUUUUUGCUCUGAGCUUCGGCUUGGAGAAUAACAUUAUUGAUGAGCAGAGUUGUCGGAGACGUGACGGCAUUCGUGCAGUUCUAACAGUUGCAAUCGUUGUUCUUGCGGAAGCACUUUUGUUCGUCCGGGUGUAUGCAGUUGGAGGACGUUCCAAAUGUCUAAAAUACUCUCUUAUUGGCUACUUUGUGGUCUCCCUAGGGAUUGUGUUUGGACUCCUUAUCUGGCAUAUACUGAGCUUGACAUUCACCGUGCCCAGGCCUGGGCGCGAGAUCUACUCCUGUGCACUGAUCCAGAGCGGUCGGGGGAAUUUGGUGUCUAUUGCAUGGGGCAUUAUCGCGGCCAACGAGAUCUUAAUGAUGGCCAUGACAUUCUUCUUUGUUUUCAUGAAGCACAUUAAUCGUCGCAAUAGGAUACUGGAGGUAUUCUAUCGCAAUGGGACCUUCUACAUCAUUGCGAUUGUUGGGAAUAUCUUAAUGGCCGCUAUCUCCCCUAACCAUCUCUAUCUUCUUAGCAGCUAUCAGGCCACCUUACACGCCAUUUUCUCGACACGGAUGGUCCUACAAAUUCGGGAGGUCGUUCACGAUCCUCUGAAAGUAAUUCAUGAAACCUCGCACGUUGGGCCUCUAGAAUUUGCCCCUCUGUCCCUGCUAUCUCGUUCAGCUGGAUUCAGCUCAGAGGAGGAUGGAUGUUUAAUGCAGCAACGACGCGAUGUGGAAUAA